AAGCAUUUGAUUUGGUCUAAUAAACAACAUCCGAGCACCAAGCCGAGGAAACAGAAACACCUAGGAUUACUGUGACAGUGCCAGUGCAAAGUGUGUGCCGCGUUAGAUCGUAACCCAAAAAGAGAAACCGGCUAUCCGAGUACCCACCCCACCCACAAGUGAUCCAAGAGAACCGCAUCCAAUUCGUCAGCACCGAUCCGUGACUAAGCAGCCAUGAAAGCCUUCAUUCUAAUGUCCUGUCUGGCCCUGGCCGCGGCCCGUCCUGAGGCCGGCUACAACUACAACCGUCCCGGUGGCGGCGGCGGUUCGGGAGGCUCAGGUGGCGGCUUUGGAGGUGGCUCCAGCGGUGGAUUCGGAGGUGGCUCCAGCGGUGGAUUCGGAGGCGGAUCUGGCGGAGGAUUUGGCGGCGGCUUCGGCGGUGGCUCCAGCGGUGGUGGUGGUGGAUUCAGCAGUGGCGGCGGAGGAGGCUUCGGCGGUGGAUUCGGCGGCGGCUCAGGCGGCGGAUUCGGCGGAGGCGGCAGCAUUGGCGGAUUCGGAGGUGGAGGCGGCGGCGGUGGUGGCGGCGGAGGCGGUGGCACCACCCUGGUGCAGAAGCACAUCUAUGUCCAUGUGCCGCCACCAGAGCAGGAGGAAGUGCGUCAGCGGCCCAACCUGCCCAUUGGCCAGUCGCAGAAGCACUACAAGAUCAUCUUCAUUAAGGCGCCAUCUCCGCCCUCGUACCAGGCUCCGGUCAUCCCGCUGCAGCCGCAGAACGAGGAGAAGACCCUGGUCUACGUGCUGGUGAAGAAGCCCGAGGACCAGCAGGACAUUGUCAUCCCCACGCCGGCACCCACACAGCCCUCAAAGCCCGAGGUGUACUUCAUCAAGUACAAGACCCAGAAGGAGUCUGGCGGCGGCAUCUCCGGCGGCAGCGGUGGCUUCACUCAGUCCAACUCUGGCAGCGGCUACACCACCGGCGGCGAUGGUGGCUUCACCGGCGGCGACAGCGGCUCCAUCUCGGCCCCGUCCAGCAACUACGGCCCGCCCGGCAAGUCCGGCCCCUACUAAGCAUCUCCAGCCACCACGCGAACUUCGAACUCAACUUCGGCUCAAGCUGCUGACUAGUCCUGUCGUUGACACGCCCCCCCAGCC